AAAACCCUCGUUUCCCUAUUCCUAUCCUCAGCUCCAUUUCAUUUGAUGCCUCUCUUCUUCUUCUUCUUCUUCUUCUUCCUGCUGCUUUGUUUCUCUCUCAGAAACCUCCGACGUCUUCUUCCCUCGCCACCAACAUGAACCCUUAUCCUCACCAAACCACUUACGGAUCCGACCCGGCUUCCCCCAACACCACCUACGUCCAAGCCGACCCAUCAACCUUCCGGGCAGUCGUCCAGAAGCUCACCGGAGCAACGGAAGACCCCUCCGCCAUAAAGCUCCCUCUCACCCUCCCAGCCCGCUACACCAAUCCCAGACCCGCCGCCGAAGUUGGGCCCCGACGACCCGCCUUCAAGCUCCACGAGCGGAGACACAGCAGCAAGAAGCUCGAGCUCCACCUCACGACCACCACGUUUACAACAGUACAGUACCCAUCAUCAUCGCCAUGUGGACACCAGAAGCUGAUUCGGCCGGUGAUGAUGUCACCUGUUUCGCCGUUUGAGUUUCUGGCACGUGGGAGCCCCAGGACGCCGGUGUCGCCGUGCGAGUUGCUGAAUGAGGAGGAGGAGAGAGCCAUUAUCGCCGAGAAAGGGUUUUAUCUGCACCAACCAAGUCCGCUAAGUACACCGCGAGGGUCAGAUCAUCAUCCCCCUGAGCUUUUGCCUUUGUUUCCUUUGCAUUCUCCUCGAGAUAUCACUCAAACUCAAACCCCAACCUCUAUCUCUUAGAUUAUGAAUUACUUCAUGAGCCUCAUCCCUACCAUUUUUUCUUCUUCUUUUCAUUGGAAAUUUCAGUCAUUUAUAUGAUCGAUCAUGUUGCUA